AAGUUGACAGUGGAAGAACGUUACCCAAAGAGAAUGCUGUAAAAGUUCUUUUAUACAGUGUCUUUCUGGCAAGAACUGAAGUCCUUACAUUGAAGAGAGUGAACCUCUAGCUCCCGAACAGACAUACUUUUUAAAGUUCCACACCGAAGCCUGUUUCUGCAAAUCUUUUAGAGACAACUAACAUCCAACACCUGAUCUCCUGACCCUCUGGUGAAGAAAGGAAAUACUUUCUUAAUGUGUUGCAAAGAUAUGGAGGUUUUUCCUACCAUAAAAAGUACUGCCAUGAAGAUUUUGGUAUGUAUGUGGCUUUUCUGUCUGGAUUGGCUCUUAGGAGACCCGGUUCCUUUACUAACUAUGGUGUGGCUUUGAGUCUCAAUUUACCUAUAAAAUGGUGAGGCAAUUGGGGUUAAGUGACUUGUCCAGGGUCACACAGCUACUCCAGAAAAGUGAUUAAAAAUGCCUCGCUCCUUCCUGGUCAAGAGUAAAAAGGCCCACACUUACCAUAAGCCUCGAGCCCAGCAUGAUGAUCUUCUUUGGGCUCAUAUCCCCCCCUCAGUUACCACUAACCAGGUCCUGGGGGACACCACAACCUUGAGUAGCCCAAACCAGUGUCCAGAAUGGGAUGACUCCAAAGAAGAUCAAAACAAGGACCAGUGUCUGACCAGGACAACUUCAGUUCCAGAGACUUCCAUCUUGACUCUCCAGGCCCAGGACCAUGGUUUAUCCCCUGCCUCACCCCACUACUACAAACCCAGCUUCUCCUGGGAUGCCUUCCCUUCACCUUAUGGCUAUGGUCAGAUUACCUCCACCAUGCAAUCUGCCUUCCUAGAGAACUCAGUAAGCUUGUAUGGCAGCUCACUGGUCUCCAGCUCUGACCCUCCCCUGGACUACAGCUUACAUUACUCCCCUGGCAUGGAUGCCUAUCACUGUGUCAAGUGCAAUAAGGUAUUUUCUACUCCCCAUGGGCUGGAGGUUCAUGUUCGGAGAGCCCACAGUGGGACUCGACCCUUCGCUUGUGAGGUUUGUGGCAAAACAUUUGGCCACUCGGUGAGCCUUGAGCAGCAUGUUCAUAUACACUCCCAGGGGAUCCCAGCUGGGUCGAGUCCUGCUCAAACGUUCACAAUAAACGACCCUGAGGUCCCGCCUGCACCUGACCCCCCAGGGCCCCGUUUCCUCCGGCAGGAGAGGAGUUUUGAAUGUAAGAUGUGUGGCAAAACUUUCAAGCGCUCCUCCACCCUGUCCACCCAUCUCCUCAUCCAUUCGGACACACGACCUUACCCCUGCCAGUACUGCGGCAAGCGCUUCCACCAGAAAUCGGACAUGAAGAAGCACACCUACAUCCACACCGGAGAGAAACCACACAAGUGUCAGGUGUGUGGGAAAGCUUUUAGCCAGAGCUCCAACCUGAUCACCCACAGCCGCAAACACACAGGCUUCAAACCCUUUAGCUGUGAGCUCUGUGCCAAGGGCUUCCAGCGCAAGGUAGACCUCCGGCGCCACCGGGAGAGCCAGCACAGCCUCAAAUGAAUGAUGCUUCCUUACAGCAAACCCCAGCUGUUCAGGAUCUCAUCUACUAAACCUCAGGGAUGUCGGAUGCCUCUGUACUUUGGGUUCUUCUGGUGCUGAGGACGGUUCAGAAGAAAGAACACACACAGAUUGGGAGCUGCGUCACUUGAACUAGAGCCCCAGCUCUACCACUCAGUAAAACCUUGGACCAAUCAUGUAAUCUCUUUGGACCUCAGUUUCCUCAUCUGUAAAAUGAAGGAUUUGGUCAGGCCACUAAAAUGCUAUUUUGGCCAUCAUUUUCUAGAGCAGUUUCUAUAACCAGAAGAUAGAGAUGGAAUAAGCCAGAGAUUGAAAGAGGCAGGGGAAAAAGUCCUGUCAUCCUUUCUUUGUCUGCAAAUUCAUUCAUUCAUUCAUUCAUUCAUUCAUUCAUUCAUUCAUUCAUUCAUCUAACACUUAUCAAGUAUAUUCUAUGUGUAAGGCUCUGUGAUGGGAACUGUUGAGGUAGUUUGGUCUUGAUUUUUCUAUUUUUUCCCCAAAGAGAUAAUUGAAAUGGCUCCUUGGCCUUAGUGAGAAGUACAAGAAACUAGCUCCAGCUGGUUACAGCUCUCCAUUAGGGCCCUAGCCCUUCUAUAUAGGAGAUGGAACCAUGGAACCAUGUGUUUCCAGCAGUGACUUCUGUAUUCAUCCUUUUGGGCUUUGUAAGAUAAAAUAAAACAUGAACUUAAGAAA